AGCUGCUGCUGCCGCUGGAACUGGGCGCCGGCACCACCAUGGGCUGCGGGGCGCUGCUGGGGUCCUUCUUGGCGCUGUUGCUCCCGCUGCACCUGGUUCUGUCUGAGGAGCCGGUGAGUGUGGCCAGCAGUAAGUGCAACACCAUCUACAAAGGUUUUGCUGAGUGCCUCAUCAGCCUCGGGGACAGCAUGGCUCAAGCACAGCAGGAGCAGCAGCCGGAUGAUGAUAGCAUCCAGGAGCAGCAGGAGCUGGACAUCAUCUGCAAGUCCUGGGACGACUUCCACACCUGUGCCACCCAGGUUCUGUCCAGGUGCCCCGAGGAGGCGGCGAAAAUCUGGGAGUCGCUUCGGCAGGAGUCCCGGAAGAUCCAGUUCCAAGGCAACCUUCACGACCUCUGCAGCUCACGGGCCCAGCUGGCCGGCAGCGGGAGGGCUUCGGAUAUGGAUGAGACCAACAAGGAGACCUUGCGGGGGGAAGCCUGGCUCCCCCGGCCCAGCUUUGUGGGCAGCCUGACUCUUGUGGCUCUCUUGGCUUUGGUGCCCUUUGCCUAGCCAGGGAGCAGUGGGAGGCCUCCCUCCCUCCUGUCCACCACAGUGCAGACCAGUGGCCCAGCACCGCCGCCUGCCAGGGAAAUUGGGAUCUGGCCUGGCAGUCGGCAGCGGUGCUCAGCGUGUCCUGAUGACGGGGGCACAAGGCCCACUGGGUGGAAGAGGCAGGAUGCCAUGGGCUUGCCUGCCUUGUGUCUUGCCCUGCUCAAAGAGGCUGGGUUGGGCUAAUGGUGCUCUUCCUGUCCCCGUGUGCCCUACUUUUACCAGCCGGCACUUUGCGGCAGCUCUAGUGCCCUGUCCUCCUGCCUACACUGCCCCUUGUGUCCAUCUCCAUUGCUCCCCAGCCCUUCAUGCUAGGAACAUAGGAAGCUGCCUUGUACUGCCUUGUCCAUCUAGCUCAUUAUUG